AGCAGUCGCAGUCUCCUCCCCCUGAAGUGGAUGAGAAGAGCGUCGUUCUGACAUACAGGAAGAAGUUCAACAAUCUUUCCUUUAUUUAAUUUAGAAAAAAAAGUCAUAGCCGUGUGAAUUCUUACAGAUCAGCUGUAGUUUUUGUGCACUUCUGUUCUUUUUUAAUCGUCUCGCGGAAGUGUAGAAAAAGUGGAGGAAUGAAGGUGAAUCUGAAAGCUGCGGUUAAACAGGCGGCGCAGUAACGUGUGGAUUUCCUCACUCGAGCAGAGGAGUUGGUCAUAAAUGGAAAAGAAGAACAAAUCUACAACGGAUCCUCAGUGAGAAUGUCAGAGCAAAGAUCCAGUUUUCUUCACAUUGGAGACAUUGUGUCUCUGUACGCGGAAGGCUCGGUGAAUGGCUUCAUCAGUACUUUGGGGCUUGUUGAUGACAGGUGUGUGGUUCAGCCAGAUGCUGGAGACCUCGCAAAUCCACCUAAGAAAUUCAGAGAUUGCCUCUUCAAGGUGUGUCCCAUGAACAGAUACUCAGCCCAGAAGCAAUUCUGGAAGGCAAAACAAGGAAAACAAGGGAACAACAACACACAAGAAGACCUGUUUAAAAAGUUACAGCAUGCAGCUGAGCUGGAGCAGAAGCAGAACGAGUCGGAGAACAAGAAGCUCCUUGGAGAAAUUGUCAUGUACAGUAAUGUCAUCCAGCUCCUGCACAUAAAAAGCAAUAAGUACCUGACAGUGAACAAGCGUCUGCCUGCGUUGCUUGAGAAGAAUGCUAUGCGGGUUUCUUUAGACCCAGCUGGGAACGAGGGCUCCUGGUUCUACAUCCAGCCCUUCUGGAAGCUUCGCAGUGAAGGUGACAAUGUGGUGGUAGGAGACAAGGUGGUUCUGAUGCCAGUGAAUGCUGGUCAGCCCCUUCAUGCCAGUAACAUCGAGCUGCAUGAUAACCACGGCUGCAAAGAGGUGAAUGCUGUUAAUUGUAACACCAGCUGGAAAGUCAACUUGUUCAUGAAGUUCAGUGACUACAGGGACGAUGUGCUGAAGGGGGGAGAUGUGGUGAGGCUGUUUCAUGCUGAGCAGGAGAAGUUUCUGACUGGUGACGAGUACAAGGAACAGCAGCAUGUCUUUCUCAGGACCACACUCCGGCAGUCUGCCACCUCCGCCACCAGCUCCAAAGCUCUAUGGGAGGUUGAGGUGGUGCACUACGACCCCUGUAGGGGUGGAGCCGGCCAGUGGAACAGUCUUUUCCGCUUCAAACACUUGGCGACUGGGAAUUACCUCGCAGCUGAGGCAAACCCUGAAUUCAAAGACAACACAGGAGAGUCCAAAGGAGAGCAUAAUGAGAUGGAUACUGUGUACUCCAAGAGGAAGCACCAAGCAGCAGAGAAGAUUGUUUACACCCUGGUUUCUGUUCCCCAUGGAAAUGAUAUUGCUUCUUUGUUUGAGCUGGAUGCCACCACCUUGCAACGGGCUGACUGCCUCGUGCCCAGAAAUUCCUAUGUGAGACUCAGGCAUGUGUGCACCAACACAUGGGUGACCAGCACAAAUGUUCCCAUCGAUACAGAAGAGGAGCGUCCGGUUAUGCUCAAGAUUGGCACCUGUCCCACUAAGGAGGACAAAGAGGCGUUUGCCAUUGUCUCAGUUCCCCUGUCUGAAGUCAGAGACUUGGAUUUUGCUAAUGAUGCCAGCAAGGUCUUGGAGGCCAUUGUGAGGAAGCUUCAGGAUGGCAAAAUUUUUCAGAAUGAGAGGAGGUUUGUGACUAAGCUUCUGGAGGACCUGGUUUUCUUUGUGUGUGUGGUACCAAACAACGGACAAGAUGUUUUGUCUGUGGUCACGUCCACACCCAACCGUGAAAGGCAGAAACUCAUGAGGGAACAAAACAUCCUUGCCCAGAUUUUUGGCAUCCUGAAGGCUCCGUUUGCAGAUAAGGCAGUGCUAAGGUUGGAUGAUCUGGGGGACCAGCGCUACGCUUACUUCAAGUACAUGUUGAGACUUUGUUACAGGAUUCUACGACACUCCCAACAGGACUAUCGCAAAAACCAGGAAUACAUUGCCAAAAAGUUCUCAGUCAUGCAGUCUCAAAUUGGGUAUGAGAUUCUCGCUGAGGACACAAUCACUGCCCUGGUGCACAACAACCGCAAGCUGUUAGAAAAGCACAUUACAGCCAAAGAGAUUGAGACCUUCGUCAGACUGCUGAGGCACAACAGAGAACCCAGAUUCCUGGAUUAUCUGUCUGAUCUCUGCGUGUCCAACAAAACCGCCAUCCCCGUCACACAGGAGCUUAUCUGUAAAUUUAUGCUGAACCCCACCAACGCAGACAUCCUCAUACAGACCAAACUAAUCUCCAACACGGACACCACCCUGGAUUCCUCUCUGAUGCACGAGGAGGGGGAGGAGGAGGAGGUUUGGCUCUACUGGAUCGACAGCCACAAGGAGCCUCACGGCAAAUCCAUUCGCCACCUGGCUCAGGAUGCUAAGGGCAACCACAAGACUGAUGGAGAUAUCAUUACCUACUACAGAUAUCAGCUGAACUUAUUUGCUAAAAUGUGUCUGGAUCGUCAGUACCUAGCCAUCAACCAGAUUUCUAGUCAGCUACCUGUGGAUCUGAUCCUGCGCAGUAUGUUUGAUGACUGUCUGCCCUACAACCUCAGAGCCUCUUUCUGUCGCCUCAUGCUGCACAUGCACGUGGACCGUGACCCACAAGAGUCUGUGGUUCCUGUGCGAUAUGCCCGCCUCUGGACUGAAAUCCCCUCCAAGAUUACCAUUAACGAGUUUGAGUAUGAGUCAAUUGACAGUUCAAGAGAAGAGAUGAAGAGAAAGUUUGCUACCACCAUGGAGUUUGUAGAAGAAUAUCUCAAAGAUGUGGUCAGCCAGCCUUUUCCAUUUGGGGAUUCAGACAAGAAUGAACUCACACUUGAGGUGGUAAAUCUGGCUAGAAACCUGGUUUACUUUGGCUUCUACAGCUUUAGUGAGCUGCUGCGCCUCACACGCACCCUGCUGGCCAUCCUGGAUAUCGCCCAGCACCCACCCACCUUCAUGAACAAGCUCAGCAAGAGUCCAGAAGCUGGUAACAAUGUCCUGCGGACGAUUCAUGGAGUUGGAGAAAUGAUGACUCAGAUGGUGAUGAGUCGAGGUGUGCCACACAUCCUACCCGACACUCCUCCUUCUCUGCCUUAUGGGAAAGGGCAUUUCCUGCUGGACAAUGAGGAUGUGAUGGUGAUGGACACCAAGCUAAAGAUAAUUGAGAUUCUGCAAUUUAUCCUGAGUGUAAGGUUGGAUUAUAGGAUCACAUACUUAUUGUCCAUCUAUAAGAAAGAGUUUGGGGAGAAGAACAUAACUGAGAGCUCUGCCUCUUUGGCUGAAAUGCCUCUAGGAACACCUUCUGAACCAGACAUAGAUGAGAUUGCAGCCAAAGCAGAGAGUAUGUUUGCAGGAGGCUCUGAGUUGAGUGCAGUGGAGCUGGAUGAUGAAGGUGGCCGGACAUUUUUGAGGGUCCUCAUCCAUCUCAUCAUGCAAGAUUACCCGCCACUGGUGUCUGGAUCGCUGCAGCUCAUCUUCAAACACUUCAGUCAGAGAGCUGAGGUGCUGCUGGCCUUCAAACGGGUCCAGCUCCUAGUGUCAGAGCAGGAUGUAGAGAGCUACAAGCAGAUCAAGGCAGACCUGGAUCAGCUCCGUCUGGCUGUUGAGAAGUCUGAGCUGUGGGUGGAGAAAAAUGGAGUCUACAACAACGAAGACCUGGGGGUCAGGCAGGGCAAAGAGCCAAACAAUGAGGAAGUUAUUCUGAGUCCAGUUCAGGAAAGUGAUGGUAAACCUCAGAUUGACACCAACAAGGCAAAUAACUAUAGCGUAGUCAAAGAGAUCCUGCUGCGGCUCAGUAAGCUGUGUCAUCUAAGUAAGAAAAGUCGUGUACAGCAGCAGAGGCUCCUGAAGAACAUGGGAGCCCAUACUGUGGUGUUGGAUCUGCUGCAGAUCCCCUUUGAAAAGAGCGAUGAGAAGAUGAAUGAAAUCAUGACCCUGGCUCAUACGUUUCUGCAGAACUUCUGCAGGGGAAACUGUCAGAAUCAAGUUCUACUACACAAACACCUGAACCUCUUCCUCACUCCCAGGCUUCUGGAAGCUGAGACAAUGCGUCACAUCUUCAUGAACAACUACCAGCUGUGUAAUGAAAUCAGCGACCGUGUGGUCCAUCAUUUUGUUCACUGCAUUGAAACACAUGGGAGACACGUUCAGUACCUCAGGUUUUUGCAAACCAUUGUAAAAGCUGAUGGGAAGUAUGUGAAGAAAUGCCAGGACAAGGUCAUGACAGAGCUGGUGAACGGUGGCGAGGACGUGCUGGUGUUCUACAACGACCGCUCGUCGUUCACAGUCCUGCUGCAGUUGAUGGCCUCUGAGCGGGAGCGGACAGACGAGAAUGGAGCUCUGGCGUAUCACAACACACUCGUGGAGCUGCUGGCAGCCUGCACUGAGGGAAAGAAUGUUUACACUGAGCUGAAAUGCAACUCUCUGCUACCACUGGAUGACAUCGUCAAAGUCGUCACUGAUGUGAACUGUAUACCAGAGGUGAAAACUGCGUAUGUGAACUUUGUGAAUCACUGUUAUGUGGACACUGAGGUAGAAAUGAAAGAGAUCUACACCUCCUCCCAUAUUUGGAGGCUCUUUGACAACUUCCUGGUGGACAUGGCCAGUGUAUGCAACUCUACCACAGACCGAAACCAUGCAGAUCAGGCACUGGAGAAGUAUGUGACAGAGACGGUGAUGGCCAUUGUCAAGGGUUUCUUUAGCUCACCUUUCUCUGUGAACCACUCAAACCUGCAGACAAAUCAGUCUGUCUUCAUCAAGCUGCUGCAGUCAGCUUUCAGAAUCUACAACUGCAACUGGAUCAACUCGGCUCAGAAGGCAAAUAUUGAGAGCUGUAUCAAAACACUGGCUGAUGUAGCUAAGGCACGUGCCAUCGCCAUCCCAGUCGAUCUGGACAGUCAGGUCAACACUCUGUCUCUCAAGGUCCAUAGCAACAUGGUGCAGCGGGCAGCCAAAGACUGGAGGAUCUCUGCCCGAUCACGACCUCGUAAGGAGCCUCUGGGUGGCCCUGACUACAAAAACAUCAUUGAGAAACUGCAGGGAGUGGUGUCAUGCCUUGAGGAGCAGUUCAGCCCGAGGGUUCAGGCAGAAUUUUCUGUGUUGGUCGAUGUUCUCCACAGCCCGGAACUGCUGUUUCCAGAAGCUGCACGAUUACGCUGUGAAAGUGGGGCCUUCAUGUCCAAACUAAUCAAACACACAAAGAAGCUCAUGGAUAAGGAAGAAAAGCUGUGUAUAAAGAUCCUGCAGACCCUCAGAGAGAUGCUGGACAAGAAGGAAUGUUUUCAGGAAUCUGGAAAUGAGUUAAGAAAGAUUCUUCUCACACGCUACUUUGGAAAUCAAAAGCUGCUUUCCAAGUCAGAGCUUGGGAGUGGAAACAGCUCAUCUGGCAGCUUUGUCAAGCCGUCAUCUGGAGGUUCUGCCGUGCUGGACUCUGACAAGUCAGGCACCAGCAUGAUGGAGAUCCAGUGUCUCCUGGACAAUGUUGGGGCAUCAGAGCUGGUAAUCGACCUCAUCGUCAACACCAAGAAUGACCGGGUGUUUGAAGAGAGCAUCCUGUUGGGAAUUGCCCUUCUGCAAGGUGGAAACACACAGAUACAGAAUUCAUUCUACAGCCAACUGUACAAACAGAAGAAGUCUGAGAAGUUCUUCAAGGUUUUCUAUGACCGCAUGCGUUUGGCCCAACAAGAGAUUCGAGCCACUGUGUCCGUCAACAUGUUCGAACUCAGCUGCAGAAAAAGGGAUGAUGAUGGGGAUAUGAGUGGCACCAAGUUUAAGAAAGGGAAAGACUCAGGGCUUCACAUGCGAGAGGACAUGCGAGGGCAGCUAAAGGAGGCUUCCUCAGUGACUUCUAAGGCCUUCUGUGCCUUUAGAAAGGAGCUGGACCCUGACCUCGAAGGCCUCAGCCAGUCCAGUGAGAUAACUGGGGCAGAGGAGGUCUUAGAGGAAACUCAGAUGAGCCCAGCAAUCACCAUCAUGAAACCAAUCCUACGAUACCUACAGCUGCUUUGUGAAAACCACAAUUUAGGCCUGCAGAACUUUCUGCGCAAUCAGAACAACAAGACUAAUUACAAUCUGGUGUGUGAGACUCUUCAGUUCCUGGACUGCAUUUGUGGAAGCACAACUGGAGGCCUUGGGCUGUUAGGACUUUAUAUAAAUGAGAGUAAUGUGGAUCUGGUGCGCCAAACCCUGGAGACCAUCACAGAGUACUGCCAGGGACCCUGCCAUGAAAACCAGACUUGUAUAGCCAAGCAUGAGUCAAAUGGCAUUGACAUUAUCAUUGCCCUGAUUGUCAACCCCAUCAACCCCCUGGGGAAGCAUCGACUGGACCUGGUGCUGGAGCUUAAGAACAAUGCUUCCAAGCUCCUGUUGGCUAUCAUGGAAAGCCGCCAUGACAGUGAGAAUGCAGAGAAGAUUCUCGACAAGAUGAGACCCACUGAGCUGGUGGAUGUAAUGAAGGAAGCCUACACCCAGGGUCUGGAGAGUGAAGAAAAUGAAGACAGCAGUGGAGACCUAAUCAAACCUAGAGAUGUUGGACACAACAUUUACAUCUUGGCUCACCAGCUGGCCAGACACAACAAGAUCUUGCAGCAGAGCUUUAGGCCGGGGUUGGGGUCGGGUCUGGAUAGCGAGAAGGAUGACGCUCUUCAUUUCUAUGCCAAGCACACUGCACAAAUAGAGAUUGUGCGUCAUGACCGCACUAUGGAGCAGAUAGUGUUUCCAGUUCCAAACAUCUGUGAGUACCUCACCGAGGAGUCCAAGGUGCGUGUGUUCACCACCACUGAGAGAGACGACCAAGGCAGCAAGGUGAACGAUUUCUUCCAGCAGUUUGAGAACCUCUACAGUGAGAUGAGCUGGCAGAAGAAGAUUCGCAAAAAUAAGGCUCUGUUCUGGGUCUCGCGCCACAUCUCUCUCUGGGGGAGCAUCUCCUUCUAUCUGGCAUGCCUGCUCAACCUUGCAGUGGCUGUAUUCUACCCCUUUGGUGACGAUGGAGAUGAGGGCACCUUGUCUCCAUUCUGGAACAUCUCAUUGUGGGUGGCGUUGGGGGUCUCCACCAGCUUGCUUCCUAUACUGUCCAAAUCACGAGGCAUCCAGUUAUUCCUAGUCUUCCUCAUUUUGCGUGCCAUCUACACUAUGGGCCUUGCACCUGCUCUUUUGUUGCUUGGUGCUGUCAAUCUAUUCAACAAGUUGGUCUUUCUUGUAAGUUUUGUGGGCAACCAGGGAACUUUCACUCGAGGCUACAAAGAAGUUCUGAUGGAUGCGCUCUUUAUAUGCCAUCUGGGUUACGCCAUCAUUUGUGUUUUGGGCCUUUUUGUUCAUGAGUUCUUCUACAGCAUUUUGUUGAUUGACCUCGUUUUCCGAGAAGAGACGCUGCUGAACGUGAUCAAGAGUGUGACGAGAAAUGGCCGCUCCAUCAUUUUGACAGCUCUUCUUGCCAUCUUUCUUGUCUACUUUUUCUCCAUCAUUGGCUUCCUCUUUCUCAAGGAUGACUUCCGCAUGGAAGUGGACCCUCUCCUCACACCAGGAGAAAGGGAUUUAUUAAGUAAUGGUGGUGCUGCAGAGACAUGUUUGAAAGAAAGCUGUCCUUUGUCACCUUCCGUGUCACCUGAUGAAGAUGAUCGAAUUGAGCGGGUGUGUGACACUUUGCUAAUGUGUAUAGUCACUGUGUUGAACCAGGGACUGCGUAAUGGAGGAGGGGUGGGAGAUAUUCUCAGGAGACCUUCCAAAGAGGAGCCUCUCUUUGCAGCUCGGGUGGUUUACGACCUUCUGUUCUACUUCAUCGUCAUCAUCAUUGUUCUCAAUCUCAUCUUUGGUGUGAUCAUUGACACAUUUGCUGACUUGAGGAGCGAGAAACAGAAGAAGGAGGAGAUUCUCAAAACCACCUGCUUCAUCUGUGGGUUGCAAAGGGACAAAUUUGACAACAAAACAGUGUCCUUUGAAGAGCAUAUAAAAUCUGAGCACAACAUGUGGCAUUACCUGUACUUCCUGGUUCUGGUGAGGGUGAAGGACCCGACGGAGUACACCGGCCCUGAGAGCUACGUGGCCCAGAUGAUCAAAAAAAAGAACUUGGAGUGGUUUCCUCGUAUGAGAGCCAUGUCCCUUGUGAGCAGCGAGGGAGACGGCGAGCAGAAUGAGAUGCGAUCCCUGCAGGAAAAACUGGACAGCACUGUCACUCUUGUGGCUCAGCUCUCGAGCCAGCUGGCUGAGCUCAAAGACCAGAUGACCGAACAGAGGAAGAACAAGCAGAGGCUCGGAUUCCUGGGUCCCACUCAGUCUAACCAUCACAUCCCAUCACACUGAGGGGUGUAAAGCUGCUCAGCUGCAGCCUCGCUUUAAAACCAUGUUAACAUGCACACAAUAAACUACAGCGUUAAGAACAAUACUUGUAAUUAGAUGUUUACCUGCAAUUACUGAUGAGAUACUGGAAGCGGCCAGCAAGCAUUGAUGUGUAAUUUUUUUUAGAUAGUGCCUUUUUUAUGACACCAACACUGCCAUAUUGGAUGCUCAAUGCGUCGUCAUGUGCCCACUUAGCCACAAGAACCACACUGUACAGAGGAGCUCAGGUCUGCGAAUGAUUAGCUAGGCACAGCUCACAUCUGCCAGUGUGGUGUUAGAGUGCCAGACAGAGGUCCAGGGAAAUGUUAGGCUACGGUUAAUGGUUUAGUGCUGUCAAGUCUGUGGACGGCAUGUUUUGGCCUGCGGUACAAUGCUGUCAGGGUCCAUCGCAGAGUUCAAUGAUUGGCUUAAAGGCUUUUUAAGAAAAGAGUGCACACUAACAUUAAGUAUUUUUCCCUUUACGUUUUUAGUUUCCUGUUAGUAUUUAUGAGAACAUUUCUGUUCUUAACUGAAGUAUUCUGCGUUUUGAAAUUGAAGUCGCAUUGCCUCACAUGAACUUGAGGAGACAUCUAUAUUGCCAUGGCUGUAAGUGCACUUUCUUUAAAAGGGAAAAGUUAAAGCUGUAACUGGAAACAUUGGUUAGUUUUGGAUAUUAUUUUUGAAUGGUUUGUAUUGUGUUAAGAUAGGCGUUUGCUGCACCACUUCAGUUGCCUUUUACAGAUUUCCAGAACAUAUAUGUAACAGAAAUGUGAAAAGAAAUACAAGUGCCUGUGUAAAACUUGAAAUUUCCUAAGACUUAAUCUUAUAUUGGUACAUAACGUAGGGCUGACUGCACAUGUAAAUCUUGAUGUUCUUUGCUGCAACACGAACAUCCUUAUCUCUAUAGAGAUAUCAGCUCAUUUUUACUGAAUCUGCUCUUAUCACCUUCCAUUGCUCGAGUAAAUCCUUUCUCACUGUUCUCUCUUGAGCUGCGGUUGAUAUGUCAGAAUCGAUGUUUUAAACUUGCACAAAUGGCACGCUGCAUUUACUUGAUUGUGAUUGUCCUGUGACACUUUCUGUUCAAACGAUGUAUAGAAAAUGUAUUUUAUGUGGUCAGAUGUUAUAAUAAAUUUGUAACGAGAAUUAUUUGUGCAUUUGAGUCAGCAGCUUUUGAGCAGUUUACCUCAGCCUUAUUAUUAAGGGGUUGGAUGAGUACAUCCAACCAGACCUCUUCUUCAUCUAUUUUCCCGCAAACUAUGUAGACUUAAUGCUUGUGUUUGUCAAAGUAGGAAGGAAGGUAAGUAGAACCUGGGGAUUAUGGCUAAAAUGCUGAAAUUGACAUUGGUUUGCAAGCACACAAAAUUGUAAAUGGAAGUGUAAACUUGACGACAUUAACUCAAAUUGUGAACAUCCCUUAAUGAAUAACAUUAUCAGUAUCAUCAUGAAGUUCUGAAGUAUGUUUGGACUUGUCACCUAAAUGUCAGCUUGGCGUGUGCAAAUCAAAACGGAUCUGAAUGAUUUUGCUCUUGCUCCAUAUUGGAGAUGAUAAACGGAUCACAAAAAGUAAACUGGUGUUUCAUCCUGUCUUGUCAUUUACCCUCUGCAGAGAGGACCAUCAGUCUUGGCUUCAGUUCAGUGUUUACGCUGGCAGGCCUGCAUUUACUCCUGCUGCCGGUGACAGCCAUUAAAAUUAGUUCACGCGGUGCCAUAAUGGUGAGCAGCUGUCACUGCAUAGACAUGAGGGGUAAAGUGCAGCAUUACUGGAAUGUAUUUCACUCAGAGGGAGAAGAUAAUAUCAGGGCCAUCAUUACUGUCUGGCAAAAGUCUAGUUACAAUAUUGUGAUACAACUGUGUCAGUUUGCUAUGCUUCCUAACCUGCUGAUUUAUAAUUUAUAGUGCUCAAGAUGCUCUGUUUUAUUUCAGCCUCUUCGUAUACACUGAACCUUUUUAGAUUCACAUGAGCAGUGAAUGAUUUACUUUAUGAACAACCUUGGACACAUUUGGAUCAUUUUUGAAUAUCUUUGCAGACCACAGUCAAAAGUCACAUGUUUAGCCUUUGUGUAUUCAGUGGAAGGGGUGGGAAAACAUCCAGAGAGUGUCAACAAACAAGACACAAACGCAAACACCCCUGUGGCCAGAGGCAGGUUAAGUAAGUCAGGCAUUUUGACUGUAUUGAUUUGAAAAAAAAAAAUAAGCCAUAAUGAGCAAUAAUAAUGUUAAUAUUUCAACAAUAAAUGUAGCUUCAUA